AUGGGUGUAAGUGACUAUACUAUUGAGAAUUUUACGGAUCCCAGCCCUAUGGGUGUGGGUGACUUGACCAUUGAGAAUUUUACGGAUCCCAGCCCUAUGGGUGUUGAGAGGUACAAGGCUCUACAGUCGGAGUAUGAGGAAGCCGUUGGCACGGUCCAGGAACAGAAAUUACUCAUUAAACAACUUGAGGAUGACCUUCAGAAGGUCAACGCUCUCUCAUCCAUGUUCAGGGGAGAGGCAGAGGGACAGCCUGUCACUCAUGGCAGUGGGGAGGGUGAGGUCAUGGCAGAGGUCGUCAAGGAUGUGUCACAACAUGUGGUCAUUGCCAUGGAAGCAGGAGGCAAAUCUGCUGCCGACUCACUCCUUCCCAUCGUACAGAGUCAGAGAGAGAGGUACAGACUUCGCGCUCAGGAACUCGAGGCGCAUUCACUUGGACAACAACAACAGGUUACUCUACUACAGAAUGAGAUUGAUAAACUCCGCUCCGACAAUGUGAAGCUGUUUGAGAAGAUUCGCUUCCUUCAGAGUUACCCUACUAAGGGGUCUACUCCCUAUUCUGGUGAGGAAACAGAGAAUCGCUACUCAUCCCAGUACGAGGAAAAGCUCGACCCGUUCUCCAACUUCAGCCGAAAGGAACGACAGCGACGCUACAUGAAUCUCAAGCCAUAUGAUAAAAUCACCCUGAGCAUGGGGCGGUUUAUCAUGGGAAACAAGACAGCCCGCACCGUGACAUUCUUCUAUACCAUUCUCCUACACAGCCUCGUCUUCCUGGUGCUGUACAAGGUCGCCCACACCGAGUCCUGCAAGAGAGACAUAGCCGCCGACUGUCACCAAAAGUUUUGUCUCACUGACUAA